AUGGCAAUGUGCAUUGGCUCGUCGGUUGCAGAGCUGGUUUCUGCUUAUCCUACGGCAGGCGGGAUGUAUUUUGUGACUAAACAUGUCGUCCCGAAAGAGCAAGUCCCAAUAUUUGCGUGGAUUCAAGGCUGGUGCAAUUUGCUAGGCCAGACCGCUGGUGUUUCGAGUGUUGCAUACACAGUAAGCCAGAUGUUACUGGCUGCUGCGAGUAUGAACUCGAAUCUGGAUGAUGACGGAAAUUAUUCUUUUAAACCGACUGCUCUUCAGACUGUUCUUCUUUCGAUUGCCCUUCUUUGCAUAAUGGGUAUCAUCUGCUCUUUAACAACAAAGAGUUUGCAUCGAAUCAUUCUUUGGUUUGCACCAAUUAACAUCCUCGCAUCAAUUGGGAUAUGCAUAGCUCUCCUUGUUCUUACCCCAAACAAACAGUCAGCCCAUUGGGUGUUCACCAAUGUUACCGAUGGAUCAGGAUGGCACUCAAAGGCUUUCUCUUUUCUUCUUGGUUUCAUCGCGGUUGCUUGGACGAUGACAGACUAUGAUGGAACUACUCAUAUGUCAGAGGAAACCCAUGACGCUGCUGUCAGAGGUCCAGUUGCAAUCCAAACUGCGGUGGUAGUAUCUGGAGCCUUUGGAUGGAUGCUGACUGUCACUAUGUGCUUCUGUAUAACUGACCUUGAGGCUGUUCUCAAGUCACCAACCGGGCUCCCGGCCGCACAGAUCUUCCUAGACGCUGGAGGUAAAACAGGCGGAACAAUCAUGUGGUCCUUUGCUGUCCUGGUACAGUUUUUCACGGGUUGCUCUGCUAUGUUAGCAGACACCCGAAUGGCAUACGCUUUUGCUCGUGACGACGCAUUGCCAUUUUCAAAGUAA